GCCUGCUCUGUGGGGCUGGUCUCUUCCAAGUGCUGCUGGGAUUUCUAAGUGAGAGUUGGAAAUAGUAAAAAGAAUUUUGUCAAGAGUGCAACAUUUAUAAUAGCUGCAAGAGACAAUAUACAAAAAGAAGAAGAAAAGAGUGACAUCUGUAUUGAAAAGGUUGUCGGCUAUUGACUGUAUUUUUAUAGAAAGCCAGAGACACUGUAAAGAGGUGUAGAUAAAGUGCCCUUACAUCUAUUAAUAUAAUGGAAUGCUACGAGUCCAUGGGUAAACUUCUUGCCAACAAAGAUGGUUUGGCUGCAUUUAGAGAUUUCUUGAAGUCAGAAUUUAGUGAUGAGAACAUUGAGUUCUGGUUGGCCUGUGAAGACUUCAAAAAAACCAAAACUUCAAGCCAACUUGCCUUAAAAGCCAACAAAAUAUAUUGUGAGUACAUCAAGACUGAAUCUCCACGAGAGGUUAAUAUUGACCAUAAAACAAGAGACAUAAUUUCCCAGAAAAUUAUACAUCCAACAACAAAUUGUUUUGACGAUGCUCAAGAACUUAUCUCGUGUCUUAUGGCAAAGGACUCAUUUCCUCGCUUUUUACGAUCAGAACAUUAUAAGGAGCUAGUGAAAAAGCAACAGAGCAAUGAACAUAAAAGGUGGUUGUCAUUCUAAAAUAAUAAUUGUUAAGUAAAAAAUAAAUUGAUAUAAUUCACAAUUAAUGUUUUUUCACACUGAAACGGAAUUAAAAAUUUAA